AUGCAUAUGAACGUCACGGGCCAUGAGUACUGCAUCUACACCAGGACCGAUAUCGCCGGCAUGUGUGUGGAGGGGGGGAGGUCGGUGAUGCACUUCUUCCUCUGCAGCAACAACAAGGGUGGUUUCUUCCGUUCUCCCUCCCAUCUUCCUUGCUUCUUCCUCGACAACGGCGUGCGUCAGAUCAAGCUCCCAGACAUCGAGGCGACAGCUCUGGCGAGGUUUUCGAGAUUUCACGGGGAUAGGAUGGAGAAAUACCUCUCUGUGGCACUCUGUUUCUACGGGAGCGCUGUGAAUGGUGAGGGGGAGAGGGUCUUCCAGUCAGGGAGGUUGGGUGAGGCCUCAGCAGAGAAGAUCAUGUUCAUGCUUGGGAGCGUGAUGCUGAAGUCGACUGGCUACUCUAUGGGGAAUGACGUGCAAGGAGAGAGUCUCAGAGUUGUUAGCAAGCUGACAACCUUCCUUGUGAGGUCCCGCUUCUUCGUUGACAAGCUCGAGACCGUCUAUGCAACGCCAAUGAGCGAUCCGCUUGGACUGCUCAGGAUGUGCAUAAUGAGGAUUCGAUCGAAUCAGCUCGGCUAUGCCCUUGCGAGCUUCUCCUCGGGUAGCGGGGAUACCGUCACGGCCUAUGACAUCGUCGUGCUCGCCAUGUGGAAGACCUUGUCUGGGUUCAUGCUCAUGUGUGAGGCGGGUAACUUUAACGAUUCCUACAUCGUUAAGGAAGAUGCCGUCAUGCGUGUGAGUGCCAUCGCCCGCCGUGUGAGGGUUGGGAUGCUUGCUGCCGCCCUCCAGUGCAAGCCGGACGACGUUGCUGUGAGGCUUUUGCAGCUCAUUCGAUGUGCUGUGAAUCAUGCGAUGUACUUCCUGAUGAAUUUUGUCUACACCUACAUCGAGGAUUCCGCGAAGAAGCACGAUCGGUUCAGCGUGAUGCUCAAGCUCGCCCCCUUCAUGAGGGUGCACAGGGUGGAUUACGUGAUGAUGUAUGGGGAUUCGCUGAACUGCAUGAAGACCUUCUAUAUUCACUGCCUUGUUGACUUCGUGACGAUUUUAUAA